AUGGAUCCGCAAUUGGUGACACGUGUCGAGAAGAUAUUGGCCGAUAAUGAUUACUUGACCGUGGAGGAAGUUGCGUUGAAGCUUCGCGAGGCGCAUCCGCGGGACUAUCAGCGCAAGCCACAAGGGCCGUUCUUAAAGAGCGUGACUAAAGCGGUGGAGCAGGCGGCGCAGCAGCGGCUGGAGGGGGGGUUGAGCCGCGAGCAGGCGGAGUUUGAGGCGAGCGUACGGGGGAAGAAGGCGGAAGGCGGACAGGCGGAAGGGGGAGGGGCGGAGGACCAGCGCCUGGCGCAGCUGGAGCAGGCGCACAUGCGCGCAAGGGGGAUAGUGGAGGCGGAGGGGGAAGAUGAGGGGGAAGGAGAGGCGGAAAAGGAGGGGGAAGGAAAGGCGGAGGCGGAUGGGGAAGGCGAAGCCGCGGAGAUCGCCAAAGCCGCGGAGAUCGCCAAAGCCGCGGGGAAAAGGAUUGCGCAGAGCUCAGGGGAGAAAGCUGGCGGAAAGGGUUUAACCGGGGUUGAGGGUUUAGCGGGGGCUAGCGGAGGGGUUGGUCUGGGGGAAGGGCGCAAAGGGGGAGAAAGAGGGGAAAUGGGAGAUGCUGACGUGGCGAGUGAGGCGGGAGAGAGUGUGGAGGGAGAGAAUGAGGCAAUGAGUGUGGAGUGGAGUGAGGGAGAGAGUGAGGGAGCGAGUGAGGGAGAAAGUGAGGGAGAGAGUGAGGAGCCGCCAGAGAGUCCUAAGGACAUCGGUACACGUGGCUUUAAUCUCCUUAAUGCUGCUCUUAGGAAGACUUAUGAUAAGGCAGGAACACCAGGAGGGAAGGGAGAAGGUAAGGGAAAUGGAAAGGGGGAUAACGCAGUGGAAGCCGGGAAAUCGGCAGGGAAAGCAGGAGCAGCGUUGGAGCAGCUGCAGCUGCAGCGGAAUCAGGGGCAGCAGCAGCAGCAGCAGCAGCAGCAGCAGCAGCAGCAGCAGCAGCAGCAGCAGCAGCAGCAGCAGCAGCAGCAGCAGCAGCAGCAGCAGCAGGGGGAGAGGAGGGGCGUGAAGCGAAAGGAGAAGGAUGUGAUUGUAGCGGAUGCCACUAAACAGGGAGUGAUUAAGGCCAACACUGAUAUUGUUGUAAGAGCAGGAGCAGGGGUAGCAGCAGGAGCAGGAGCAGGAGCAGGAGCAGGAGCAGGAGCAGAAGCAGAAGCAGAAGCAGGGUUAAAGCCACCAACAGCAGUUAGACUCGAAAAGAAUCGUUUGCAAGAAAAGAAAUCCGUUACUGGUGCUUCUGUAAGUGCCGGCGGUGUUAGUUUAAGUGCUGGUGGCGCGAGUUUGAGCACUGCCGGUCCUGCUAUGAGCACUGAGAGCCAGGGGAGUAAGCAGAGAGGGGGCAGAGGAGGGGGAGAGGGAGGGAGCAGAGAGGCAGGGAGCGGUAGGAAAGCAGUGAGUUCGCAAAAUAGAGGAGAUAUGGGGGGGCUAGCAGCAGGUUCAAAGCUUGGGGGAGUGGAAGAGGAGGAAGGGGGGGAAGGGGGAGAGGAGGGGGCGAACAGGGUGGCUGGAAGGGGGAGGGUGAGUGAGGGAGAGAGAGGGUCGGAACGAGAGAGGCAAUCAGAGGGGCUAAGUAAAGGUGGCGACACCAGCAGAGAUCUUUUGAGGGACAGGAUAAAGCGGGUGGGCACUAAAGGGAAGAAGAAGAAGGCCGGAGCAAGAGGUUCGGGUGUGGCAGAUAUCUUCCCAGACGAAGCAGGUCCGGGGGAGGGAGGUUCGGCCCGGGCCGCGCCUCGGGAGGUCCGGUUUGCGGAUUUCGGGGGGAUCGACGGGGUGGUGGAGCAGGUUCGGGAGCUGAUCCUGUACCCGCUGGCGCAUCCGGAGCUGUACGCUUGCCUCGGCGUCGAGCCUCCAAGAGGGGUGUUACUCCACGGGCCUCCUGGGUGUGGCAAGACGAUGCUGGCUCAUGCCAUUGCACGGGAAGCGGGAGUGCCGUUUUUCAAGAUCGCUGCUCCUGAGAUUGUCUCGGGCAUGUCAGGCGCCUCAACGCACACACGGACUGCCUCCUGGGUGUGGCAAGACGAUGCUGGCUCAUGCAUGCAUGCCCUGCCACGGGAAGAUGGAGUGCCGUUCUUCAAGAUCUCUGCUCCUGAGAUUGUCUCCGGCAUGUCAGGUCAGGCCAUUGCACGGGAGGCAGGAGUGCCGUUCUUCAAGAUCGCUGCUCCUGAGAUUGUCUCCGGCAUGUCAGGGGCGGGGUUGGUGGCUUCCAUUGCUGCUGCAGCAGCAGCAGCAGCAGCAGCAGCAGCAGCAGCAGCAGCAGCAGCAGCAGAGGGUUUUUUCUCCACGGACGGACCUCCUGGGUGUGGCAAGACGAUGCUGGCCCAUGCCAUUUCCAGAGAGGCACGAGUGCCGUUCUUCAAGAUCGCUGCCCCAGAUAUCGUCUCGGGCAUGUCAGGUGAGUCUGAGGCGAAGCUACGGUCGCUCUUCUCCUCGGCUGAAAGGGCUGCUCCAGCCAUUCUGUUCAUCGACGAGAUUGAUGCCAUCACACCCAAGAGGGAGACGGCUCAGCGGGAGAUGGAGAGGAGGAUUGUUGCGCAGCUGCUGACGUGUCUUGAUGACCUCCAGAAGCUGCGGCUGGAGGGGUCGUUUGAUUUCGGGGUUAUUGCGCGGCGUACCCCGGGGUUUGUCGGGGCGGAUCUGGCCGCUCUUGCGAAAGAAGCGGCGGCUAUUGCGGUGAAGAGGAUUUUUACGAGUAAGGAAGCGGUGCUGGUGGGUGGUGGGAGAUUGGAGGGAGCAGCAGGAACAGGAGUGGCGGCAAUGGCUGGAGUAGGGGAAGGAGGAGCAAUGGAAGUGACUGGAGUAGGGGAAAGGGGAGCAGGUGUUUUAGUAGCAGCAGCAGGAGAAGCAGCAGCAGCAGCAACAGCAGGAGCAGGAGCAGAAGGUGGUGACUGUAUGCUGGUGGAUGGGGAGGAGAAUAGUAGUGAGAGGCAUGGAGGUAUGCUCGCAGGCAUGUGCCUUGUGCAUACCAUCUGCAUCGAGGAAGAGGAGUUGCAGGCGCUGAGCAUCACAAUGGGGGACUUUGAGGCUGCUGUCUCGGAGGUAAAGCCGAGUGCCAAGAGGGAGGGCACGUGGGACGACGCAGCAGUGGCAAAGGUGCAACCGAGCGCCAAGAGGGAGGGAUUCACCACCAUCCCCGGAGUCACUUGGGACGACGUGGGGGCUCUGGCAGACGUGAGGGAGGAGCUGGAGUUUUCGAUUUCUCGGCCGAUCAAGUACCCUGAGGAGUAUGAGGCCAUGGGGCUCCGAGCAGCAACAGGCAUCCUCCUCUACGGCCCGCCAGGGUGUGGCAAGACGCUGGUGGCCAAGGCGAUUGCCAACGAUGCUGGGGCGAAUUUCAUAUCCAUCAAGGGUCCAGAGCUUCUGAACAAGUAUGUGGGAGAGAGCGAGCGGUCUGUGCGUCAGCUGUUUGUGCGGGCGAGGGCGUCGUCGCCCUGUGUGCUCUUCUUUGAUGAGAUGGAUGCAAUGGCUCCCAGGAGAGGGUCGGACGGUAAUGGGGCAGCAGAGAGAGUCGUCAACCAGCUUCUAACGGAGAUGGAUGGGCUUGAGUCACGCAAGAGCGUCUACAUCAUCGCUGCCACCAACAGGUGUGUGUGCCUUGAGUCUCCCAAGAGCGUCUACAUCAUCGCUGCUACCAACAGGUGUGUGUGCCUUGAGUCUCCCAAGAGCGUCUACAUCAUCGCUGCUACCAACAGGUGUGUGUGCCUUGAGUCUCCCAAGAGCGUCUACAUCAUCGCUGCUACCAACAGGUGUGUGCGCCUUGAGUCUCCCAAGAGCGUCUACAUCAUCGCUGCUACCAACAGGUGUGUGUGCCUUGAGUCUCCCAAGAGCGUCUACAUCAUCGCUGCUACCAACAGACCUGACAUGAUCGACCCGGCACUCCUCCGCUUGCACUGUUUUUAUCGGAAAUUGUUUCGUUCUUCCACCCCGCCCUUCCCUCUCUUCCCCAGACCUGACAUGAUCGACCCGGCACUUCUCCGCCCGGGUCGCCUCGACAAGCUUCUUUUCAUUCCGCUGCCCGACUCGCCGUCUCGGGCAGCCAUUCUGUGCACUCUCAUUCGCUCGAUUCCCCGGGCAGAAGACGUAAAUGUUGAGCUUAUGAAUGAGCUGGCAGGGGUUGGGGAUGGUGGGGCAGCGGCAGCAGCGGAGGCAGCAGCACCAGCAGCAGGGGAGGCAGCAGCAGCAGCAGCAGCAGCAGGGGAGGCAGCAGCAGCAGCAGCAGCAGCAGCAGCAGCAGCAGCAGCAGCAGCAGCAGCAGCAGCAGCAGCAGCAGCAGAGGAGGCAGCAGCAGCAGCCGGGUCAGAACCAGCAGGAGUAAAUAUUUCUGGAAGUGAGGAGCAGAGAGGAGGAGGAGGAUCAGCAGGACAGGGGGAGCGGAAUAGAGAAGGUUCAAGUGUAGCUGAAUCGGAGGGGCAGAAAGCAAGGGAUAGGAAGGUGGGCGGGAAGCUUCCGGGAGCGGCUAGAGGACGCAAAGCCCCUUGUGAUGGAUUCAGUGGUGCUGACCUGGCAGCUCUGGUGCGGGAGGCGUGUGUGACGGCACUGCGAGAGUGCGUGCUUGUCUCCCUUCGUUUUGCCCAUCAUCGUAACAUUCUUCAAAGCUCCGUCUCUCGUGUGUUCUAUCUACACAUGCAGGUGCGGGAGGCGUGUGUGACGGCACUGCGAGAGUGCGUGCUUGUCUCCCUUCGUUUUGCCCAUCAUCGUAACAUUCUUCAAAGCUCCGUCUCUCGUGUGUUCUAUCUACACAUGCAGGUGCGGGAGGCGUGUGUGACGGCACUGCGAGAGUGCGUGCUUGUCUCCCUUCGUUUUGCCCAUCAUCGUAACAUUCUUCAAAGCUCCGUCUCUCGUGUGUUCUAUCUACACAUGCAGGUGCGGGAGGCGUGUGUGACGGCACUGCGAGAGUGCGUGCUUGUCUCCCUUCGUUUUGCCCAUCAUCGUAACAUUCUUCAAAGCUCCGUCUCUCGUGUGUUCUAUCUACACAUGCAGGUGCGGGAGGCGUGUGUGACGGCACUGCGAGAGUGCGUGCUUGUCUCCCUUCGUUUUGCCCAUCAUCGUAACAUUCUUCAAAGCUCCGUCUCUCGUGUGUUCUAUCUACACAUGCAGGUGCGGGAGGCGUGUGUGACGGCACUGCGAGAGUGCGUGCUUGUCUCCCUACGUUUUGCCCAUCAUCGUAACAUUCUUCAAAGCUCCGUCUCUCGUGUGUUCUAUCUACACAUGCAGGUGCGGGAGGCGUGUGUGACGGCACUGCGAGAGUGCGUGCUUGUCUCCCUUCGUUUUGCCCUUCAUCGUGCGGGAGGCGUGUGUGACGGCACUGCGAGAGUGCGUGCUUGUCUCCCUUCGUUUUGCCCAUCAUCGUAA